AUGUCAAAAGAAGCCAUAGAUGAAAGAAUGUCCAAAUGCCUGGCAAGCUCCCCCACGAAAUUAAGAGAUUUCAAGGUACCGGAGGGUAUUAAACCUUGGCAUAUCUCUCGUGAGAAGUCAGGAAAAGUUUGGAUAAGUAAUUUUCUGGGUGAUAUAGUACAGACUGAAGACCAAGGAACACAGGAUAUAGGAUAUUGGAGAGCACAAAGUGUCUACUCCUCUCCCGCUAGCGGAGAUGUUCUGGUGGGACUAAGUGACGGCAAAGAAGCAAAGUUGACUAGAUGCAGCAAAGCGGGAAAGAAGAUCUUAGACAUACAGAAGGACGACAUAGGUAGGGAACUGUACAAGACGCCACGUUAUAUUACAGAGAACAUCAAUGGGGAUAUAUGUGCAUCAGAUUUCUACAAACACGCCGUGGUUGUGGUGAAAAAAUCAGGAAGACACCGGUUCUCUUACACACGUCAGGAGCCCCCAGGCAGCUUGCUGCCUACUGGAAUUGCUACUGACAGCCUUGGUCAUAUCCUAGUUUGCAAUGCCAGACUCCAGUGUAACGAUGUCCACCUCCUUGAUGUUGACGGUAAUUUCCUAUCCCUGCUGAUCACAACACAAGAUGGAGUGUCCGCUCCCCGACGUCUGUGUGUGGACUGUAAUGACAAUCUUUAUGUAGGGGACAUGGAAACACAUACCUGUUUCCAAAAAUGUAAAGUACAAAUUGAAGGCUUACGCAAUUCAGAAUGGAAAUAUUAUGAACUGGAAUCUUUAGCUCUUAGAUUUGAUGGUUUGAGCAAAAAUUUAAAGACAAUCAACACGCGAUGUAGAAGUAUAUAUGAAAAGAAAACUUUGGAAAUUUUUUGCAAAACGGGCUUUGAGGAUGAAGGCAUCUCAAAACAUAUUUGUACACAAACUAAAGGGUGUGAAGAUCCAUCCAAGACAUGUUUGCGAUCGUCGACAGAACAAAUCGGCGUUUGCAUAUGCGAAUCUGGGUAUAUAAGAUUCGGAAACAAAUGUUUAAAGGGAAAUUUGAAACUGAACAAUACAUGCCAGCGAAAUGAGCAGUGUUCUGGAGCAGUUGGUAUUGUUUGUCAGAACAAUGUAUGUGUCUGUAGGCCAGGAUAUGUCCCACUCAAUGAUUCCAGCUGUUUUUUCCUAGGAAUCUCAGAAGAUUUGUGUACAUCACCUGAUGAGUGUAAAGAUGAAUCUAAAACAUGUUCAUUGACAGGACAAUUCGGCAUUUGUACUUGCAGAGAUGGGUUCAUAGGGUUUGGAAACAAAUGUUUAAAGGGGAAAUUGAAACUAAAUGAAACAUGCGAGCAAAAUGAGCAGUGUUCUAUGGUAUUUGGCUCUGUUUGCCAGAACAACACAUGUGUCUGUGGAGGUGAAUACGUCUCCUCAUUUAAUGAGUCCGAAUGUUCUUUGCCUUCCUCAGGUGGUAAUUCUGAAGCAAGUGUCCAGGACCAGAAAGAAGAUACAGUAGUCAGUGUGACAGUUGGGUCUGUUAUUGGUGGCCUUAUCUUAGGCAUUAUCCUAACUGUUCUUGGACUAAUAAUCUACCAAAAAAUACGAAAUUGGAAACCUAAAGCUGAAAAAAGAAAAUGCCCAAAGGCUGCAGUUUUUAACAAUACUACUUAUAAAUCUGAAAGUGAUGCAGAUCAGAACAUUCCCACCGUGCAACGUACAAAUGAGAAAAAGGUUGUAAAUGUCCCACCGUUUGCUCAUUCCGUAGAAUUGUCAACAAAGAGAACGAUCCAACAAGGCAGAAAACGUACAAUGCCGAAUAAUGACGUUAAUAACGACGUAUACAGUCAUCUGCAUGAAAAAGAAGAGGAUCCUGACAUUGAUGAAAACUACGACCACGCCAAUGGAAAUAUUAAUCGAGCGAUGGAAGAGAGUAACUACAGUAAUCUCAAUACAGGGAGAAGUAAUAAGGAAUCUGUUGUUUCUGCUUCUGAAGGAAAUGAUUAUGACGUCCAAGGACCAACUAGUGAUUACUGUGCACUUAAAAAGCAGUAAAGAACCUGUAUGUUCUUAAGCAAAGAACGUGUUGCACUUAAAAUUAAUUUUGUUUUAUGGCUGUAAUUGUUGUUGCUAAUGACAGAGAUCUUACUUAAGAAAUAAUAA